AUGAAAAGAUAUUCUCCAGUCCUCAACACUCCCAAUCGGGUGUCUGUCGGUGAAGCAACCGUGCCAAUUUGGAAGGAAACGUUACUGAACCGGCAAGCGCCAUCAACUGCUGAACUCGAGCACGUUUAUGGACCGACAUACGCGGCUAACGGGGAACAACCGACCGAGUCGGAGGUUUUGGUCCGUAUCGAAAAGAUGAAAAAUGGAAAAUGUGGUGGAGACGACAGAAUUAACGCAAAAAUGCUGGAAUAUCUUCCUACAUCUGGGAUUCGUGAGAAGACAUCCGUUCAAUAUAGAUCGACGAAAAGAUAUUUCUUACUGAACUCGUAG